UCAUGUAUGCAUGUCCUUGUUUUAUGCAGGUAGGUAUGUGCUGUUUGAGUCAGCACUGUGAAGUGUUGGUUUAUUCAAGAACCAUGACCAUGAUGACAAGUGAUGCAUGACAUGGCUUCACACUGCUGUAGUGCACACAUCACCUGCUGACAGUUACCCAGGUCAAGUGAUUGGCCAUACAGCAUGUACAUGGAACCCACAUUUAAUUGGUCACUGAAGAAGUAGACAUUGAUACAGGCUUCUCAUCAGGUUCAUCAUGAUUGUCCUCCCUGACUUCAACACAAACACAAACAUGAUGAUCAAGGGCACGUUUAGCCCCUUGCCACAACAUUAUGCCCACAUAGAAUAGGCUGUUUGAGAGAAGGUGAGACAGCUCUAAGAGAGACAGUAAGGUGGGACAAGGUCUAUGAUAGAGGUGUGUGUUAUGAAGUGUUAACCAGUCAGCACUGUGUACUUAAGUUCCAGCAGUGUCAACACACCCACUUGACAGUGUACACACUCAUGCAUGCUGUAGACCCAGGCCUGCUGCUGCUGACAUUUCCACCACACUACUGCAUCGUAAUGUCAUUUCCCCUGAACUAGCCUGACUUGUGCUGGGGACUGCCGACACAGUAACCACGACUAAUGAGUCACGGUUGACCUCACUACUCACGGCCCAUUGUGUGUGACUGCAGUCAAAAGAACAUUACAUCAGAGACUCAGUCAUUGUUUACGUCUUCCAAUUGUCAGCUCACAACAUUCAACAUCGUCUGGAUGUGAGAAUAUUUUAACCUGUGGUCGGUCCCUUUGCUCGAACAUUGGGGUCUUCAUUUCGUUGGAUUUACCUUUGCAACUUAGUCGGCCAUCAUGCACCAGGUAAAGGAUGAGGACGACUUGCCUGUUAUGUUUGAGGCGACUGCCCUGUACGACUUCGAUGGGGACACACAGAAUGGAGAACUGAACCUGGCCGCAGGGGAGACAAUCUAUGUGUUGAGACAGGACAUAGGAGAAGGAUGGUGGGAGGCCAAGAAUUCCAGAGGGGAUCAAGGUCUUGUGCCAGAGUCGUACCUGGAGGUGGUGUCAAUACCCGAGCCUGAGUUCCCACCCCCACCAGUGCCCUUCCCAGCUACCAUCCCAUCUACCAUCCCAACAGCCGUCCCAGCCACCCGUCCAGCAGACCUAACCCCAGCUGCCAAUGGGUGGGGGGGAGCGUACAACCAGAAUGGCCAGCACGGUGCCAUGCAGCAGCAGCAGAGCUAUGAUGAAUGGGACGAAGACUGGGAUGACGAUGAAGAUGAUCAGUCCAGCAAUAGCACCACUGGAGGGGCAAAUCAGGACCUCCAAGGAUCAGGAUCAUUUGGUCUGUCGGUGCCAAAGAGGGAACACAAGGCCCACUCACCCACCUCUGAAAUGUCCAAAUAUGGUACCAUUAAGAGCAGCUUUAAUAGAUGGUCUCACUUUGCAAAGUCUGGUGGCGAGGCCUUCAUGAUGGGCCAGAACACAGGGAACACACGAGUAGCUGAGAGUGACCUCAUCAGGAUGAUUGAAACAAUUGAAGGGCCGGAGUGGACCCCCAUACAGAGCCAGUACACAUGUGAGGUGGCAUCGCCAAAGAAGGAGAGUAAAAUGAAGGGACUCAAAAGUUUUAUUGCAUACCAGAUAACUCCAUCAUUCAAUGGUAUUCAGGUCAGUCGAAGGUACAAACAUUUUGACUGGCUGCACGAAAGACUGGAAGAAAAGUUUCCUUGCAUCCCUAUCCCUCCUCUCCCAGACAAGGCAAUAUCUGUUCCAGUUUUCAGUUCAAUUACAGGUCGCUAUGAGGAUGACUUCGUGAACGAGAGGAUGAGGCAGCUUCAGAUGUGGGUGGACAGGAUGGCCCGUCACCCCAUAGUGUCCCAGUCGGAUGUCUUCUCUCACUUCCUCACCUGUACAGAUGAAAAGAGAUGGAAAGCUGGGAAACGAAAAGCUGAAAAGGAUGAAUUUUUAGGAGGAAAAUUUUUUCUGUUAUUACAAACCCCACCCCAUCCACUUGAUUUACGAGAAGUAGAGCUUAAGAUGGAGAACUUCUGCAAGUUUGUGAUGAGUAUGAUGGAGAGUACAAAAUCCUUCAUGAAUGUGCUACAUGAACACGCAAAGAAGCAAUCAGGUGGAUUCAAAGGCCAGUACCAUAAGAUAGGGACGGGAUUCAAACAGCUCGCAACUUCAUUUAACCUGGACAGAGGAGAGUAUUCCCAGAGUCUGACUGCAGCUAUGGACUAUACUGGAGAUACAUACAAGGAAAUCGGAGACCUGUAUGGAGAACAGCCAACUAAUGAUACCUGGCCACUGUUUGAGUCUGUAGGAGAGUACAAGGGUAUUCUCCAUGUGUACCCUGAUGUCGUCAAAGUUCAUGAGGGAGCUAUUGGGAAGGCAAAGGAGUGUCAGAAGCUGCAAGAUGAGGGGAAGAUGACAGAUAAAGACGUGCAGGAGGUCAUGCAGAAGUCCGACAUCAUCUCCUACGGGACAUUGGCCGAGAUGAACCACUUCCAGAAGGAAAGGGUCAUUGACUACAAGAAAAUGACCAAGAGCUAUCUGCAGGAACAAAUCAAAUUCUUUAAAACGAUAACACAGAAGCUAGAGUCAACUCUAGCCAAAUUUGAUGAAGCAUAAUAUGUAAUUAUGCAAAUGAGUGGACCAGAGUACAAGGAGUAACAGUUUGGUGAAGAGCAUAUAUAUUGAUGGCAGGAAGUGAUGGUGGUACAAGGAUGCACUGCUUUCGGCAAAGAUUCUAUGCCCAGUUGACCUGUUGGCCAGAGAUGUGUAACUGGUCAUUAGUGUCUUGAGUGACAGUUGACUUGAACAAGGCCAGUUGUAUGUGUCUGGAAGAUGGUGUUAGUGACAGGACAUGGUACACAGUAGCCAUCAUACUAACAUUGGAGACAAAUGUGUAUGUUAAGCCGAGUUGUAAAUGUGAUGGCACAUUGGUGCGCAAGUUGAUUGCUGGAAGUGCAGGGAGAAUCUGUGACAGUGAUGUUGCCACCGGACUCAAGUGAGCGUAUGUACUGGAGAAAUGAUUUGAUUAUUCCUUCAGUUUGUUUUGAUCCUUUGAAUGUGUCGGACAUGCUGCAGAUUUAUCUACAAGAACUUCUGAACAGAAAAAGCUAUUUAAGAAUUAGAUUGGUCUUUAUACAAAUGAACAGAAAGAUUGUUCAGAACUAAACUUGUCAUUUGUAGGCUUCAUGCUACAUAUUCACACAGCUAAUCGAAGACUUGCCAUCUGAGGACAGAAAGUUGUAUAAAUUCCAGUUGUUUGUAUUGCUUAUUAAAGCAAAGGAUGACAUAAAUCACCAAUGGGACAGGGCAGUUACAAGUGCUUUUAUUUGUGAUGAGUGAUUAAAAAUUUCCAAGAAUUGUUAAUGACUGAACUUGGAAAUAUGUGAAGUGAAGAACAAUUGCUGUUGCAUAAUGGGAUCAUGGGAGUCUCCAGUUUUACACAUUAACACUUGACAAAUUAUGUUGUUGAAUGAUACAAGUAUCAUACAUUUUAUGCAAAAACUUGGGGAGAUAUUUGUUGAUUCCACUUGUGGGGCAUCUAUGAUAAGAAAUGAUGUUUGAUGAAGUAUGGCAUGGCUCACCGGAGUACUGGUAUAAUCUACUUCUGCAUGCCGGUCACCAGCUCUGUUGUCUUGUAAGACUGUGAUUAUCCCCUGGCCAUGGAGUCUUGUGAUGGAAUGCGGGACAAAAGAGGACUGAUUUGAAGUUUGAUGUGUGUCUUAAACCUCUGAAAUAAUAUCUAUUUUUAUAUCUCAGAACACAACUACAUAUUGUACAAAUGUUUCUCUGUGCUGAAUGUGCUGGUGGGUUUCGUUCAGGUGGUUCAGCUGAAAUGGGGUGACGUAUUGGGAUUACUGUUCCAAACAGCAUUAAGCCCAUCUCACUCACUCUUCCCUGAGUUGUAAUUUUACAUGUAUAUAGAUUCAAAAUGGCUAUCAAGUCUGUGAUGACUACCUUAUUUUUGUAGAGAAAAGUCAAACAUGGGCCAGUGAUGAACACAGUGCAUGGAUGCUACACAAAAUAGCCUGUCAUAUUACCGGGGGAUAUCAGUCAGCCGUGAUCAUGGCCAGAAUAGUUCCAAGUUGUAUUUACCAAGUAUAUAAGUGUUGUUCUGUAUCACCACACAGCAUAAUUGAAAAUUGUGAUGGUCUUUCGCUCUAUACUUUCAAUGUAGUGAGCAUGCACCUUCCAAAUUGUGCAUGCCUUCUUUCGAUUCCCAAUGAAAAUGGCAGGUAUUCCUUUUAUGCGCAUAUUUUCAAUUUUCUUUCACCUGCAUAAAGUUUGAAAGUAUCAUAAUGACCUUUUGACCCACAAGGGCGAUGAUAGACAUAAGGGUCAGUGGUUGAUGUAAGCUACUGAUAGUGAAAGUUGAUGUUCCUGGGGUUUCUCACUGAAAUGCUGUCAUGUUCUGUAAUAAGUCAUGUUAUGCUAUACUGAAUACCGAUAGGUAUAGUUAUGUUCAAGUGAACUUAUGUUAUUCUAUACUUUUAUGUCAGUGAAUUCUGUUUGAUUUGUCAUGUUUGGUCCAAGGAUUUGCAACAUAUUUUAAAUAUAAUUAAUUAAGAUUAAUCAAUACUAUUAUAGUGAGUGAGUUAAAGUUUAACGUCACAUCAGCAAUAUUUCAGCCAUAUCGUGACCAAUACUAUUAUAUGAGCAGAUAGGAGACCUCAAGAAAUGAAAGAAUGGUGUUCAGUUUACUAGAUACAGUGGUUUUGCUAUUUAACUUAUUGCUCAGACCAUGGACGUACAGCACUGGAUGGACCCCUUCUUCUGAUGUAGUUAUUCUUGUCUGAGUCUGAUGAAAAACAACUGACAAUAUACCGAGGGUAGACCCAGAUGGGAAAUUGCUGAUGCGGGAAUAUCACCGACUCUCUCAUCCCCGAAGCUGAUCACAUACCGUAGUCUAUGACCACAUACUGGUGUUCUUGUCAUGAGCAUUGCUGUCUGGUACUGUGAACUGGUUGGCAUGGUAACAAUUGAUAUGCUCUAGUCAGGAUAUUCAUUAAACAUUAGCCAAGGGAAUUGUCAUUUAACUGUAAGCAGAAACAGUAAGGAUUAAUUAAUAAAAAUAUUAACUUGCCUGAAAGUAAAGAUGCUUGCAAACCAUUUAAUACCAGCAACUUCCUACAAGACCUGAGGACAGAUCUCUAUCAUUUGAACUUUCAGAAACCUAAAUGUAUAUCUUUCCUUGCAGACAUUUUGAAGUGAAGGUAUCAAAACCAAUGUUGAUAACCAUGCUUGCUCUUUGUGGAUAAGGCCUAUUAAGCAGAAUAACAGCAAAGAUUCAUAUUGUUCAUACAUGUAUAAUUUAAUUCAUUUUCACGUCUUUCAAACCUUGUGAUAGCCACCUGUAUUUUACUGAAUUUAUCAUAAUUAUAUGUAGAAUAUGUACAUUGUCUAGUGUUUCUACUUCCAUUUGUAUUGCACUUAGUAAAUGCUUAUCAAUCAAAGAAGUUCGAGGUUGAUCAAACAACCUAGCUUAUUGUUCUCAUUUGCACAUAGCAAGUGUAAUUUUAAUCUAUGCAUGCUGUGAAACCUAUUGUAUAUAUGUCAUUGUUGAUUUCUAACAUAGGAGUGAAUGAUAUGUGUGCUAUCUGACAUGCUGUGGUAUAGUCAGCCCUGCCUCAUGUUGAGAUCCAACCAGCCCAACCAGCAGAGAAUCUUCUUUCCUUCUAGGCUGGAUCAAAGACAUAAUUGGUUCUCAGGCAAUUAGUUAUCAAGGCUUCUUUUUCACUGUAUAAAACUUGUACUCCUAAGGUGUAAACUUCUUAGCUCAUCUGACUGUAAGAUGAUGUGAGCAUCUGCUAUGGCCUAGUUGUCUGGCAACCAUUGGUAGCACUGGCACAUGGAAACUUCACCUUCUCAAAAACUGCAGGACCCUUGGAACUGAAACUUGGAAUGUUUGUUCCUGCUAAUUAGGCCACCUCAGAUUUAAAAAGUUUAACUCUUAGUAUGUAUAGAUAGUUUUAUUUAGGGCACAUCAUAUAUGCUCAGUAGUUUAGUUAUUUUGAAUAACUUCAACCGAAGCCUUAAGUUAUCCCCAAGUACAUUAUGGGCUCUGCAAAUAUAUUUUCUCUGAUGAAAUUACAGUUUGACAUGCAUGUUUGUUCUUAAUUAUGACAGCAUAGUUUCUUCCAAUUGUUGGCAUUUGUUCUUUUAUUAAUAAUAUGAAAAUAAAAUAAAAUUCCAUGAAAACUUUAAACAUCUUCUCAAAAGUCAGAGACUAGGAAGUUGUUAUUGUGAAUGAUCAUGGCUGUAUGUAGAGUCAAGUGUGCUCAGUGCAUCAUGGGAAAGGAUGUGAUCGGUCUGCAUCUAUGUUUGCAUGUAAUACAGAAAUGUUUGGUUUCUGAACCUUUUUCUAAGAUGCAGGGGACUGAAAUAUUUAGAUUUAGUUUAGCAAAAGGCAUCAAAUGUAAGAGUUUAUGGUUUGUGAAACAAGUAAAAAUAAUGUAGUGACCGGAAAGAACAAUCCUCACUGGCACAAAAGGCCACUUAGUGUUGCGUAUGUGAUGCUUUACAUUGUUAUGCCAUGUGGAAUUCAUUUUGACAGAAAAAGAAAUGUUCAUGAAAUUUCUUGUUUCAUGUUUGUUAUUUAAUGUAUGCAGAAAAUAAUUAUUUGUCUUAGCUGACAUUUGAAACUGGACUACAUAUCCAUGUAAAGUACAGUGCAGUGGCAUUAUUGGAGAGCUUGAGUUCCAGGAGUAUGUUUUGUAGCUUCACAACUUAGUGAAAUGUGGCACUGAUCAUGCUGAUGUGAGUGUAAAGACAUAAAUGGGUUACAACCUGCAACCUCGGGAUGUGCCUGUGACUGUGGACGUGUUCCUGCCUUACUGACUGACACAGUUUCAAGGAGGGCUAGUCUUACAUGUUUAGUGGCUUACUUUCAGUGACACGUCAUCUGUUCACAACUAAACUCCAUACUUUGUGUGUAUCAAUUAAUUGCAAGAGUGAGUGUGUCUUCAAUAAUAUGAUAUCAUACUUAGAUUACUAACUUUCACUGUUUUCUGUUACAAAUUAGGUAGUACUUUUGUACAUUUGUGAUAGCAUACACUUCUGUUAAGUGAAUAAAAUUGUUACCAAGUACUUUUAAAGAAUAUAGCAAUGUCAAUGUCCCAUGUUCUGUUUGUACAAGCUUUCACAAACAUGAGAAAAAUAUCUGCAACCAUGUAAAUGAGGUUUUGGGGAAUAUUGAUUUUAAGGCAGCAUUUUCUAAAAUUAUGCAGCCACACAGCCACUUCUUUACUCUGAGAUGUAUGUUACUUUUUUGUCAAAAUUAUGUUUUUGCUUUAGAGCAAGAAAUCAAAUGCUGUCUGAUAUCCCGAUUUUACUGAUGAAGUAGUUGUACUGAUAGCCUACUUUCUACACUGAUCAAUGUUUGAUGCAUAUGUGGAUCUAAAAAUAAACUGAUAUGAAUAUA